GUUACUCUACAUUCUCAUGUCGUCUUGCCCGCCUCUCUCGACGAGCUUGACAGAUUGGGAACUAGACCGACGGUCGACGCGGGUAGUCAGGCGCUUCGAGGUCCUUGUAAAACAUAUAAAGUGCCUCCUUCCUCUUCCCGACAAAUCAUCUCUCACCUAGCCCCGGAGCUCACUUCGGCCUCCAGAGUCUCUUACCCUCACCAACAUUGACCCAUUGGUCGACACUAUUCAUGAUGCAGACUCAGACUACCCUAACCACCCACACACCCACAUGCAAUGCUGGGUUCUCCAGUUUGCAUCGACCGUCAAUACGAUCUUCCCCUAGCUGUCCUACACUCCAGUCGCUUCGCUCGACAGACAGUCCUCGACCGGGCAACGAUAUGGCGACGUAUUUAUUUCCGCUGCCGGAAAUCUAUAUCCAGAAACUCGCCUCUAGCUUUCAGUCCAUGGCCAUAUCAUCGCACCGGAAAGCGGGCUCGCUGCGAGUGAGACCCUCUGUAAGCAGAGCCGAUACCCUUGCUGCUCGACCACAGUAUGCAGUGGACAAUACCCCUCGACCUUUGGGCACUUUGUCUCUGAAUGUUACUUGUGCCUUUCCCUCUCCUCUCUCCCUACCCGACCUCGCCCUCGCAGCAGGCCCAUCACCAUCAUGCACCCCCUCUCAACCUCAUAUUUCUACCCCAACCCCACCUUCCUGUCUCCUCACACGAAACGGCGCCUCUGAUACAUCCCAUGUCGACACAAGCGAAGCCACAUCCACAUCUAUAUCCGACCAGCACGCCCCCAAACACAUUGACACGACGACGCGGAAGCCGAAACGGAAACCCAACCUGACCCUUUCAUUGACGUCUACGUCUUCAUCUACAUCUACAAAACCCACCACAUCCACCGCGUCCACACUAUUCGGACCACUCCCCAGCUUCGGCGACAAGCCGUUCUCGCUCGAGCCUGAAAAGCCGGCUAAGCUCGAUGUCUUGAGCAUGGUGGGGCCGCUCACUCCAUUCUCACAUGCCGUACUCUACCUGGCGAGGUCUGCGACUACUGAGACGAAGAAGACGAAACCGGAGCCUGUGGAGCGUCCACGGAGCGAAGCUUCGGGCUCGAAGGAGGAGUUGCGCGAAAGAGCUACAUCGUAUCGGAAGGAGAUGGCGAAGUCUACGGCUUCGAGGAUGAGUACGUUGGCAAGAAAGGGAGGAGGCUCGACGGCGAAGUCGUCGCAAGCCUCUGGGGACGCAGCGUCGCGCUCGAAGCCCAAGAAGAGGUCGCGAGUGCCGAAGCCGAAGCAAGCGUUGCCGUCUUCGAUCUCGAACGAGAAUUUCUGGGCAGGCGGGUGGGGACGAAGUACGAAGCGGAAGGCGACAUCGAAGGGAGAUGGUGAUGUGGUGGGCAAGCGAAUGGUGGAAGAUGGGUAUUUCAGAGGGUUGUUGUUCUGA